AAAAACAUUACCGCAGAGACUGGAAAGAGUUAGAGUGUUGAUCAUUUUUUCAUCCAUCUCCAUCUCCAUUCUUUGCUUUAUUAUCCAGAGCUCCCUUCUUUCCUCCAUCUCCGUCCUUUGCUUUCUCAUCUAGAGCUGCCCUUCUUUGGAUUUCAUCGAACAAGAAUACCGCAAUCAUGGCUGGAGCAAAGUAAGCUUAAGCUUCACAAUACCAACAAUUUAUGUUUCAUCUAACAAUGUUCCAGGAAAGUACUUAUGCUCGGGGCAGGAUUCGUUACUCGUCCUACACUCGACGUUUUGAGCGACGCUGGAAUUGAAGUUUCCGUUGGUAUAGCAUUAUUUCCAUCGCAUUCAUAUCAUCGAGCUAAUAGACCCCAGCUUGCAGAACCCUCGAAAGUGCCAAAAAGCUCUCGGAAGGCGUAAAGAACGCCCAUCCAAUCUCCGUCGAUGUCACAGACGAAAAGGCUCUCGAUGCUGCAGUUGCAAACCACGACCUGGUCAUUAGUUUGAUCCCAUAUACCUUCCACGCUACCGUCAUCAAAUCUGCUAUCCGCAACAAGAAGAAUGUAGUCACCACCAGCUAUGUGUCCCCCGCAAUGCUCGAAUUGGAGGAGGAGUGCAAGGCAGCUGGUAUCACAGUCAUGAACGAGAUCGGACUUGACCCUGGAAUUGACCACUUGUACGCCGUCAAGACAAUUGAAGAGGUACACAAGGCCGGAGGAAAGAUCAAGUCAUUUUUGUCAUACUGUGGUGGUCUGCCAGCACCCGAGGCUUCUGACAACCCACUUGGUUACAAGUUCUCCUGGUCCUCACGUGGUGUUUUAUUGGCAUUGAGAAAUGCUGCCAAAUACUACAAAGAUGGAAAGGUGGAGGAGAUUGAGGGCAAAGAGUUGAUGGCUCACGCAAAGCCCUACUUCAUCUACCCUGGAUUCGCAUUCGUUGCCUACCCAAACAGAGAUUCUACCCCAUACAAAGAGCGAUACAACAUUCCAGAGGCGGACACCAUCGUCAGAGGUACCCUUAGAUACCAAGGUUUCCCUGAAUUUAUCAAGGUUCUCGUUGACAUGGGAUUCUUGAGUGACGAGGCCCAAGAGUAUCUCAAGGAGCCAAUUCCAUGGAAGGAGGCUACUCAGAAGAUCUUGGGAGCUACUUCAAACUCAGAUCUCGACCUCACAUGGGCAAUUGAGUCUAAGACUGCCUUCAAGGAUACCGAGGAGAAGGAGCGUAUUGUUGCUGGACUUCGUUGGAUUGGUGUUUUCUCUAAUGAGAAGAUCAUCCCCCGUGGUAACCCACUUGACUCGCUUUGCGCCACUCUCGAGAAGAAGAUGCAAUUCGAGGAGGGCGAGCGCGAUCUCGUCAUGCUUCAACACAAGUUUGUCAUCGAAAACAAGGAUGGUAGCAAGGAGACCAGAACUUCGACCUUGGUUGAGUACGGUGACCCAAAGGGAUACUCUGCUAUGGCCAAGUUGGUCGGUAUUCCAUGUGGUGUGGCUGUUAAGCAAGUCCUUGACGGUACCAUUUCUGAGAAGGGUAUUCUUGCUCCUAUGUCCUCCAAGCUCAAUGAUCCAUUGAUGGCUGAGUUGAGAAAAUAUGGCAUCUUCUUGGUUGAGAAGACUAUCUCAUAGAUAGACUAUUUGGU